UCGUCCAGUUGGAUAUAUGCACCAGUUAUCCUAUACUCCAGGUACGCCAACUGCUGACUGAAGACUUGUCACUAUUUGACUUCGUUAACAAGGCAUCUGGGAAGAGAUAAGUGAUCCUACUUUCUGGCAUUUUCUAUCCUGACAUGUUCGCCUCGAGUUCCUUUCCCCCAACAUGUCGUCAUGAUUAUUGCCACAAAGGCGUGAGAGGAAGACGCGCCCGUAUACUCUUCAAUAUCGCGAAAACUGCAUCUACAGAAUCAAGAUGCGUGGUGAAUCGCCGAUUCCAGAACACUGCGAGUUUGGCGCGUGCUUCUGCAUCGCCCUCUACAGCACGCUUCCUACCACUAACUACCACCAUGCCCGACCUCGAUGUAUGCCUCCAAGUUGCACGUCUCGCUGAAGCUGUCAGUGACAAUGUCCCAUACGUGGAGAGUGUUGCCAAGGCCGCUGUGAUCAUCUUUGAGUUACUUCAGCAAAUGGGAAAGAACAAGGAAGAUGCGAAGGAGCUCUAUGAGAGCAUUGCGAACAUGAUUAUCAUCAUCGAUACACUUGUUCGUUUCAAGGGAGAGCAGGGAGUUUCGUGUUUUAUAGACAUUUGCGGAGAGAUGGAAGGGUAUCUUCAAGCCAUGGCUCAAGACAUGAAAGAUCUCCAGCGCAAGCACCGUGGCAUGAAAGGCAUCUUCAGUGUCGAUAAGUACCGAGAUGCUAUUCAGGCACACAGGAAGCGUGUAGAUGAUCUGAAGAUAGACUUUUUGGUAAUUCUUUCAUUCCUACUUCUUCCGUGCUGUAGCUUAAACUGCUGUGCUGCAGAUCCAUGUAACAGGUGAC